AUGGAUAGAUUGACAAAUACUCAAAAAGUUGACAUAUUGCAAAUGGCCAAUUACAAAUGGCCUCAGCUAUUAAAGAUACAAUUGAUGAAUCCUGAGAUUUAUGGUGAUCAUUGGGUAAAACACCAACGUUUAGUGCCUAUGCCCAAAGAAUAUGAAGAGGUAGAAGAAGACUUACAAGCUAACAAAGAAGAGUAG